AUGUUUGAUCUUGAUCAGGAGCAAACUGCACAACCCAUGGCAACGAACUUGUUUACUAAGAAAAAUGAUCUUCUUUCCACUGCCGUGAAGAGAACUAGUGAAUGGAUCUUUUCGCAGGAAAUCCCGAGUGAUAUAACUGUUAGUGCAGGCGGAACUUCCUUUUCAUUGCACAAGUUCCCAUUGGUCUCAAAAUGUGGUUACAUAAGGAAGUUAGUUUCAGAAUCCACUGAUACUGAUCUUGCUGUUAUCGAAAUCGCUGAUAUUCCCGGAGGAGCAGAGGCAUUUGAACUCGCUGCAAGAUUUUGUUACGGUAUAAACUUUGAGAUUAGUACAGAAAACAUCGCCAUGCUUAGGUGUGUAGCUGAAUAUCUUGAGAUGACAGAAGACUAUGCGGUUGAAAAUUUAGUUGGAAGAACCGAGAAAUACCUACAGGAAGUGGCAUUAAAGAGCCUUGAAGGGGCAGUUACCAUUUUGCAUUGUUCCAAAAACCUUCUUCCCCUAGCAGAAAAAGUAAAACUGGUGAACCGAUGCAUAGAUAUGAUAGCAUUUGUGGCCUGUAAAGAUAGCCAAUUUAGAACACCAGGGAGGGCCGAGAGUGGAAAGAAUGAUUUGAUAUCCUCCAACUCGUCCAUGUCCAAUGUGAAGCCUGUUGUUGAUUGGUGGGCUGAAGAUUUGACUGUCCUUCGAAUCGAUUUCUUUCAAAGGGUUCUCAUUGCAAUGAUGGCUAGGGGAUUCAAGCAAUACGCUCUCGGUCCAAUACUAAUGCUAUAUGCACAAAAAUCUCUUCGUGGGUUGGAAAUUUUUGGGAAGGGUAGGAAGAAAAUUGAGGCAAGAGAACACGAGAAACGGGUUGUUUUGGAAACAAUAGUUAGUCUUCUGCCAAGAGAGAAGAACGCCAUGGAUACAUUGUUUGAUGUUGAAACUGUGCGGAGGAUAAUGACGAAUUACCUAGAAUAUGAAAUGGAUGGGAAUAGAUCCGGAUACAAUGCAGACGACGAGUAUAUUUCUCCUUCACAGAGUGAUAUGGAGUGUGUCACGAGGUUAAUGGAGACUUAUCUUGCUGAAAUUGCUUCUGACCGCAAUUUAUCAGUCUCAAAGUUUAUCAGUCUUGCCGAACUUAUUCCUGAACAGCCCCGAAUAACAGAAGACGGAAUGUAUAGGGCCAUUGAUAUCUACUUGAAGGCUCAUCCCGCAUUAAGUGACAUGGAGAGGAAGAAAGUUUGCAGUGUGAUGGAUUGUCAAAAGCUUUCUCGGGAAGCUUGGGCACACGCAGCCCAAAAUGACCGACUACCUGUCCAGAUGGUAGUUCAAGUGCUGUACUACGAGCAACAAUGCCUCAGGGAAGUCAUGGACAGCAGCCUCAAUGAUUCUCCUUCUCUUCCAACUAAAGCGAAUCAAUUCUCCAAUGACAUCCACCCUGUAUCAGAAGAGCUCUCAACUCUACGUAAGGAAAAUCGGGACCUGAAACUCGAGUUGGUGAAAAUGAAAAUGAGACUGAAAGAAAUCGCAAAAUCUGAUGAUCCUAAAGCAUCAAUUGGUAGUCCCUCAGGCACUCGUCUAUCCUUUGAUAAUCCUAGAAAAUCAUUCAUAAGCUCCGUGUCAAAAACACUUGGCAGAUUUAUUCGGGCUGAUGGAAUCGUACCUCAAAGUGCCAAACGUCGAAAUAAACCAAGCAAAGAUAGGCGACAUUCCAUAUCAUGA